AUGGUGUUGGGGACACCGCCCACCAGCCCAAAGGAGCUGCUGGAGAGGGUGGUCCGCUCGUCAGAACUCUGCCUCCUGGGUCGGCCCCCCGUCCCUAAGACCGCCGCCCUCGAACCGGAGGAGCCUGCACCCCGAGACCCCCGCUGCUCCUCCUGUUCCUCCUCCUCCUCCUCUUCCUCCUCACCUUCGUCCCCAGGCUGCUGGGAGGGACAGCCCCCCUGCCCCCCCCCCCACACUGCCGCUCCCUGUCACCCGUACGGCCGGGGCACCCGGAGGGGGUCGCCGGACUCUGUUAACCCGGCCUUCCGCCUGGCCUUGCCCUCCCCCACGCUCAGCCACGCUCCCCUGGUGGUGGUGGUGGUGGGGGGGGCGGCCGGCUCCGCCCCCGUCCCGCCGCACUGA